CGUCUCUUCAUUUCAUGUUAUACACUCUCAGAGAACAAGCCGUCAUAAACAUUAAGUCCGAAAACCAAGAAUUGUUUAAUCUCUUGGUAAUUUCUUUCUAAUGGAUGUGUUGUGAAUUUUUUUUUCUCUGUUGUGAAUCUGUGUUUAUCAAAACAUGUUAUCAAAACGUAUAAAAAAGUGGCCAGUUGUAUAGAGCUCGCGACCGAGUAGAACGAGUAAGACGCAUUAAUGGUGACCAAUACAAUCAACUACUGCAUACAACUACAGCUAGACCAUCUGAAGAUAAAGUUCAUAGAGUGUCGGUGCGUGUUGCUGAUCGAUCUGUUUAAGACAACACCCUUACAUAUGAUAAUGUGUCCGACGCUAUUUGUGAAAGUACUGGAAGAAAACAUGACAGCAAUAUUUCAGAAUCUAAUACUUCUUCGAACAACAAUGAUGAUAUGUUCAGUGAUGUAGAAAGCAUGUCUGAUGAUGAAACAGGAUUGGAUACACAUUCUGAUGACGAUGCAAUGUUGGAUGAGCCUGAUUUUGAUAAAAUGGACACGAGUGAUUGUUUGAAAUAUUGGGCAUUGAGCACCAAACAAACCCAUUAUUCAAUGAAUAUGCUGUUAAAAAUAUUGAGGAAAAAAAUGAACAUGUGUCUACCAAAGGAUGCUAGAACUUUCCUGAAAACAAAUAGAAAUGGACCAGAAAUAUCAAAAAUUGGAGAUGGUCUGUUUUGGUAUCGCGGUGUUAAAGAGGGCCUCACCAAGCAUUUGCGUUUUGUUAAGGUGCCAAGCACUCUUUCGCUGAACAUCUUUAUAGAUGGACUACCACUAAGUAAAAGCAGUCCAACGCAGUUCUGGCCAAUAUUGGCAAAUAUUUAUGAAAUGCCUAAACUAUUGCCAUUUACUAUAGCAAUUUAUGCCGGAAGAUCAAAGCCAAAUGAUCUGGAAAAAUAUCUGAAGCAAUUAGUGUCAGAAUUAAAUACCCUUAUUGAUGGAGGAACAAUUAUUAACCAGACAAAAAUAGCAAUUCGAGUGCGAGCCGUCAUAGCAGAUACUCCUGCUAGAUCGUUUAUCAAAGGUGUAGCGAAUUUUAAUUCUGCCGAUGGAUGUCUCAAAUGCACAUGCCUAGCAGAAUUUAAUGAGGAUAGUAGGUGCAUGGUUUAUAAAGGAGUUAAAGCCCCUCCAAGAACUGAAAAAGGUUUUAGAGGUGAAGAAUAUGGAAACCAUCACAAAUGUAGGUCACCAUUCAUUGAUUUGAAAAAAUUUGACAUUGUUAAAGGCAUACCAGUAGCAGAUAUUCUUCACUUAAUACAUUAUGGUAUGAUGCGCCGUUUUGUUUUAGGAUGGAGGGAUGGAAAAUUAGGGAUGAAAACAAAGUGGUCAGCCCAACUUGCGGAAGAAAUAUCUUCUUUGCUAGUCAAAAUCCGACUUCCAGUAGAAAUACAUAGGUCAUUUCGUGGAGUUGAUAUGGCGCGUUUUUGGAAAGCAACGGAGUAUGGAAGUUUCCUCAAUUAUGCCAGCAUUGUAAUUUUGAAAGAUCGAAUGUCUGAAAUGUAUUUCGAACAUUUCAAACUGUUUUUUUGUGCGAUUACAUUGAUGUCGUCACAGGCAUAUAUAAAUAAUUGGAAAAUGGCAGGAGAAAUGCUAAAUAGAUUUGUAAUCGAUUUCGAAGUUCUUUACGGGGAAAGAUAUUUAACAAGUAAUAUUCACAAUUUGCAACAUAUAUGCGAGGAGGUUUUGAAGUUUGGUCCGUUGUAUUCCUUUUCUACAUAUCCGUUUGAAAAUCAUCUUCAGAUGUUAAAAGCUUUAUUGAGGUCAGGUUACAAUGAAAUUCAACAAGUUUUCAAAGGGUUAUCAGAGUUAGAGGAUUUUCAUAUACCAACUUUUUUUGUUUCGAAAAAAGUGUCUAAGCCAAGCAUAUUUGUGCAGAAGAAUGGAAAGGUAGUUUUAAAAUUACUAGAUUACAUAUUACGUAACGAUGAAUGCAACUCAUGGUUUUUAACGAAAGAAAAUUGUAUUGCAAAAUUUUCAAACGCAGCACAACUUGGAAAUUCGAUUCAAGUAUGCGGAAGAAUGCUCAACAACAAGUCCGAUUUUUUCAGAUCACCAUUUCCAUCAAGUGUUUUAAAUAUUUACAAGGGAUUCUCAAAUGAUUUAUCGUUGAAUGAUAUCCAGUUGAGUGUGAGUGACAUAAAAUGCAAGCUUGUUGCAGUAAAUUUAAAUCCACUUUCGGAAACAGUUUUUAUUCCAUUGAUUCAUUCUCUUAGCAUUUCUUAACUUCAAAAACUCUCAUUCUUUGAAUAUAUCAUAAUUGAUUCUUUAAAUUCUUUGAAAAAUCACUGCCAGAAAUAAACAUAACUUCGAUUGAGUGUAAGAGUUGUUAAGUAUGUUGCGUUAAUCAGUAUGAACGCAGUAUGCAGUAUAGAGGGAAUCCAAGCAAUAUUAACGGUUUUUUUUUAAUUUUUUUCAGUCUGCAUCUUAUGGUUGGUAGGUUUACGCACUCCUUGAAUAUUCAAUCGUUGUUUUGCUUGCUUCAAUUUACGUUGAACAAAUUUUGAUAGCAUAUUAUCGCUAACCUUAUGAAAUUUAAUGCUUCCAAUAGUCUGAAACAAAUUCAUCAGAUUUCUCAACAGUCUAAUUUCAAACUUAGUGCAACCUUUCCCUAUACCUGUCCAACUACAUUCUACCAAUAGUGUUUUUUUUUCAAAAAUUAAAUCAAGGGCUUCCAGCAACCUAUUUUCCGCAUCCGUAUCUAUGAUUUUAGAUUUCAGCCAAUCCAACACCUGUUGAAAAUAAUCUUUUUCUCCUAAUCUUUCAUCGCACUGCAUUCGAUCUUUCUUAUUAGUUAGACGAUUGAAUUCAAAUUCUAAUAUAUUACUUCCGUUUACUUCCACAGCUUGGGCUGUUGUGUUAAGCAGCAUUUCAUUU